CAAUUGAUCAUGCAAUCCGGAAAGCCAUUGGUUACGAAGCUCCCAAUCUCAGCUACCGUAUACGAGCUAAAGGCUGAGCUUCAGAGCCUUCUCAAUAUUGAGCCGGAAACAUUGGAGAUUUCUGCAUCUGAUGUAACGUGUGCCGAUUCAGAUCUUUUAAUAGAAGUUGCUGGUCUAGGCAAAAACAAACAAAUUAAGCCGGUUGUGUCUUGCUAUGAAGGCAACAAUUUUGUGGGCUUGAUACUAUUUUCCCUUGGGGGCGAGGAUUUCGCAGAUCAAGUAUCGAAGAUAGUGAAUCUUCCGUCAUUGAGCUAUCCUCGGGAUCUAGUGGCGGAUCCGUCCAGCCAUCCACUAUUGAUUGCAAGCGAGGUAUUAAACGAAAAGCCCAAGGACAUGAAAUAACCAUAGAGACUAAACGGAUCAAAUAUGUUCUCGAAUCCAGUGAGGAGAGUCUAGAAAACCACUCGUAUGGAGAUAUGCAGUAGGCAAGCGAUAUGGGAGGCUGCGGAAUAAAGUCCCGACCACGCCCGGUUAAACAUGAAAUCGAAAUGGAACCUGAUGUUAUAAAUGGUCAGCGGCCCCCGUACGUUAACAUUCUCCCAGAGAACAGGCCGUUUGUCGUGGUUAUAUCUUCCUCAGAAUGUGAGAAAAACUUUUGCGACCUGUUGGAAGAGUUCUUUGGAAUUUAAGGAUUUCAGAAAUGUUCGCUGUUUGGAUUUCAAUGAGGUGACUCCAGACACUGAGUACAAUGGGCGGCUGUACAUUGCAGCGGCCAAUGAGGAUACGAUGGACUGGGUGGCGGGCAACGUAUGCUCCAUGGAGACAUAUCAGGCCACCAGUCUCAUAGACUUC